ACUGAAACCGAUUUACUGGAGUUGCACAUUGAGGGUCCUAGUACAUCGCAAAUAUGUCUAUUAUGUCCUAUAAUGGAGGGGCCGUCAUGGCCAUGAAGGGGAAGAACUGUGUGGCCAUCGCUGCAGACAGGCGCUUCGGGAUCCAAGCCCAGAUGGUGACCACGGACUUCCAGAAGAUCUUUCCCAUGGGAGACCGUUUGUACAUCGGUCUGGCCGGCCUCGCCACUGAUGUCCAGACAGUUGCCCAGCGCCUCAAGUUCCGGCUGAACCUGUAUGAGUUAAAGGAAGGUCGGCAGAUCAAACCUUAUACCCUCAUGAGUAUGGUGGCCAACCUUUUGUAUGAGAAACGGUUUGGUCCCUACUACACUGAGCCAGUCAUUGCUGGGUUGGACCCGAAGACCUUUAAGCCCUUCAUUUGCUCUCUAGACCUCAUUGGCUGCCCCAUGGUGACUGAUGACUUUGUGGUCAGUGGCACCUGCGCUGAACAAAUGUAUGGGAUGUGUGAGUCCCUCUGGGAGCCUAACAUGGAUCCAGAACACCUGUUUGAAACAAUCUCCCAAGCCAUGCUGAAUGCCGUGGACCGGGAUGCAGUGUCAGGCAUGGGAGUCAUUGUCCACAUCAUUGAGAAGGACAAAAUCACCACCAGGACACUGAAGGCCCGAAUGGACUAACCCUGUUCCCAGAGCCCACCUUUUUUUUUUUUUUGAAAUAAAAUAGGCUUUCAUUC